CUGCGGCGGCCGCGGCUGCUGGUUCCUCGGGCCAUUUUGCUGAGGAGCGACGGGGAGGAGGAGCCGCCGAGGAGACCCCGGGCUUAGAGUGGCGAGCCGGAGGAGGCGGCGGCCGCGCGGGCACCGGACUUUCCUCGAUCGCGGGGAUCUCGAGGGGCGAAGGGAUCGCCCGGGAGGGGACCGGAGAGCCCGCGCCCGCCGCGCGGCGCGCCCCUUCCCGCCCCCUGCACCAUGAGCUGGGGCACCGAGCUCUGGGAUCAAUUUGACAACUUAGAAAAACACACACAGUGUGGAAUUGACAUUCUUGAGAAAUACAUCAAAUUUGUAAAGGAAAGGACAGAGAUUGAACUCAGCUAUGCAAAGCAACUCAGGAAUCUUUCGAAGAAAUACCAACCUAAAAAGAACUCGAAGGAGGAAGAAGAAUACAGGUAUACGGCGUGUAAAGCCUUCCUUUCUACCCUGAACGAAAUGAACGAUUACGCCGGGCAGCAUGAAGUUAUCUCGGAGAACAUGACCUCACAGAUCAUUGUGGAGUUAGCACGCUACGUCCAGGAGCUGAAGCAGGAGAGAAAAUCGCACUUUCACGAUGGCCGUAAGGCACAGCAGCACAUAGAGACUUGCUGGAAGCAGCUCGAAUCAAGUAAAAGACGGUUUGAGCGGGAUUGCAAAGAGGCUGACCGAGCACAGCAGUACUUUGAGAAAAUGGAUGCAGACAUAAAUGUUACAAAAGCAGAUGUUGAGAAGGCACGGCAACAGGCUCAAAUGCGUCACCAAAUGGCAGAGGACAGCAAAGCAGAUUACUCGUCAUUUCUUCAGAAAUUCAACCACGAGCAGCAUGAAUAUUACCACACUCACCUUCCCAACAUCUUUCAGAAAAUACAAGAGAUGGAGGAGAGGAGGAUAGUGAGAGUUGGAGAGUCAAUGAAGACAUACGCCGAGGUUGAUCGGCAGGUGAUUCCAAUCAUUGGGAAAUGCUUGGAUGAGAUAGUAAAGGCGGCCAACUCAAUUGAUCAGAAAAAUGAUUCACAGCUGGUAAUAGAAGCUUAUAAGUCAGGGUUUGAGCCUCCCGGAGACGUGGAAUUUGAGGAUUACACUCAGCCAAUGAAGCGCACGGUCUCUGAUAACAGCCUUUCGAAUUCCAGAGGAGAAGGCAAACCAGAGCUCAAAUUUGGUGGCAAAUCCAAAGGAAAGUUAUGGCCGUUCAUCAAAAAAAAUAAGCUUAUGUCCCUUUUAACAUCCCCCCAUCAGCCUCCCCCUCCUCCCCCUGCCUCUGCCUCACCCUCUGCUGUUCCCAACGGCCCCCAGUCUCCCAAGCAGCAAAAGGAACCCCUCUCCCAUCGCUUCAACGAGUUCAUGACCUCCAAACCCAAAAUCCACUGCUUCAGGAGCCUAAAGCGUGGGCUUUCUCUCAAGCUGGGCGCCACGCCAGAGGAUUUCAGCAACCUCCCACCUGAGCAGAGAAGGAAAAAGCUACAGCAGAAGGUGGAUGAAUUAAAUAAAGAGAUUCAAAAGGAGAUGGAUCAAAGAGAUGCCAUAACGAAAAUGAAAGACGUUUACCUAAAGAACCCUCAGAUGGGGGACCCGGCCAGUUUGGAUCACAAAUUAGCAGAAGUCAGCCAAAAUAUAGAAAAACUGAGACUAGAGGCUCAGAAAUUUGAGGCGUGGCUGGCGGAGGUUGAAGGCCGGCUCCCAGCGCGCGGCGACCAGGCCCGUCGACAGAGCGGAAUGUACGACGCUCAGAACCCAGCGACCGUCAACAACUGCGCGCAGGACCGGGAGAGCAGCCCGGAUGGCAGUUACACGGAGGAGCAGAGUCAGGAGAGUGAGGUGAAGGUGCUGGCCACGGACUUCGACGACGAGUUCGAUGAUGAGGAGCCCCUCCCUGCCAUAGGGACUUGCAAAGCUCUCUACACCUUUGAAGGUCAGAAUGAAGGAACCAUUUCAGUAGUUGAAGGAGAAACACUGUAUGUUAUAGAGGAAGACAAAGGUGAUGGGUGGACUCGCAUUCGGAGAAGUGAAGAUGAAGAGGGUUAUGUCCCCACUUCGUACGUCGAGGUCUAUUUGGACAAAAAUGCCAAAGAUUCCUAAAGGUGUUUGUGGAGCCAGAGCCUCGGGGAGCCUUCCCAGGAGAAACCCUUCGGUCUGCUUGUCUCCACAGGCCCGGCGCCCGCGCCCUCAGACUGCUCCUGGGCUGCGCCGGAGUGUGGCCCUCGGAACCUCAGCCUGAAGUGACAUCCCCACACUGUGCAGCUGCUUGCCUCUUCUUUUUUUUUCUUUUUACAGCAUGCUCCUCGUGGCCCAGCUCCUCCCAUGGCCCAGUCUGGCCGCCUCUUUGGGGUCAGGUCCAUCCCCGUCCGGUCCCCACCCCUCGCAGGGCCAUGGAAGGUGGCUAGACCCGUGCCCCCUCCUUCGCGGGCUCUCAGUCCGCCGGGCGCAUCCUGGCCCGUCCACGGUUCACACUGUGCCUUUUGUGAAAACUUUGCCACUGGUGUCCUGGGGAGACCAACAGAAUCUGGACAAGGAGGGUCAGUGCGCCAGGUGGAUUGAGUGCCCGGACAUCACUGGUGCGUUCCCAUGUCGUUCACGUUAGAAAGGACUCAUCUUUUCCCAAGCCCACUGAGUAUGCUGUGGUCCUUUUCUGAUUAUGGGUCCUCACCUCGUGCUAAACAUUGGCCUUUGCCACAUUUCACGCCGGAGAGUGUCCAUGGUGGGCACUGGGGAACACACACGUGCACGCACCUGCAUGCGCACACACAUACACACAUGCACACACACAUGUUUGUUAGGGGCCUUGUCUUCAGUGGAAGUCAGAUGCCAGCUCGUGGGCCAGCCCUGCCGUCUUGACUGUGGCCACCGUUCAUGGGGUCAAGGAAGCCCCAGCCCACCUUCUCCCGCUGAUUCCCCGUUAAUGAGAACUGCAGAGCGUGGUGCUUUGUGAACGAGUGUCCCCCCUCUGCGUUAGCUCCUUCCAAAGUGAAAAUCCCCCUCUUGCCGUGAAUUCCAAGAUUUGCAUCUUAGGAUUUUAGUGCUUUUGUCACCAAAGACCCUGCGCUUGUCCUUCAAGUGACCCUGUAGCUACAGCUUCUGCUUUUUGUCACAUGCUCUUCAGGCCGCGCGGAACUAAUUGAGUUUGCUUUUUGAGCUAAGUUUCCUUCCUGUUAUGGAUCUUUGAGGAAAAUGUGAGGUCGUGUAGCCUGUGGCCACUCAUGCCUUAGAGCAGCCUAGCUUCUCUUAUUUGGUGCAGAAACAGUCAAGAGAAAUCGCUGGCUGUGAGUUUCCGUGAACGAGAACGCCAUCAGAAGCCCAAGGAUGAGAUCGAGCAUCUUUCUUCUCUUGUUUGGCUUUUGGUAACUAGGUGGUCACCUCGAGCAUCCUCAAUUCUUCUCGACAUUUAUGAACCCAAGACAAGGAAGUCUUACGGGAGCCAAAGGGACCAGGACAGAAAUGACAGGUCCUAAGGGUUGGGCCUUCGUUCCGUGAGAAAAUGGUUGCUCAAGCAGACCAGAUGGACCACACACCACCUCCGGGAGCAGCUCGGUGACCAGACACCAAGCAAACGCCGAGGGGAAGGAGGGGAAGAGGAAGUGGCUUCAGGUUUAAAGCAGGCGAGCCAGUGAGCACGAGCCUCUGUCACUCUUUCUUCCCGAGCCAGGCUAGAACAGGGACUGAAAGCCACCUGCUCUGCAGCCGUGGGCGCCCCGCGGCUGCUACAUCAGCAGCGGCUUCCGUUCCCCCUGCGGGCGGCCCAGGCGUGGUCCUCAUCAGUCUCGAGAGAGGACUGGCUUAGCAGAUGACGUGCAAGCCAGGACGCCAACGGGUGAGAGGUGUCAGGGCCUCACCUGUGUCCCUGCAACCCAACAGGUGGUGGUUAAUGCGGGCCGUCCCAGCGGCUCCACGAAGGGCUCCUCCGUCGCAGGGUGACCAGGUAUCACCAGGAACUCCUGAAUUUCACCAAGUCAAGCUGACCACUCUCCAAUCCGCAAGGAUGCUAAAUGGUUUUUUUAAAUCUGGUUUUAGAGCCUCAGUAAUGCAUGUGCAUUGCAUCUUUCUUAUUAGGGGUCAGGAUAGGUUACUUUCUUGCAGUGUAGGGAAAAAGGUAUAAGCUGCAGUAAUUUGUUCUUUUAAGGUCUGUUAAACCAAUAUAGAAUAUGCUUGUAUCCUCUUGUAUCCCCUGCACCAUUUUUUUUCUUCUGUGUCACCUGCGUCCAGAAAAGAAUGGAUAUGAGUGCUUGGCAAUGUUAACCUUGAGUUCGCUUCUCUGCCAGUCUGUGUGGCCACAUGGAACGGGCAGUGCUGUACCAGCUGGGCUUACUAAAGGACAUAAGUUAUUAUAGGAUAGUUGAGAUAUAUCAUUUACUCUGGGAAUCCUACUGUGAAAUCAUCUAUAGGUUAUUAGGGAGCAGUUCACGUAGAGUAGAAAUGUGGAAUUUCCCACCUGCUUCUCCGUCUCCCCUCAUAUCCACCGCCUGCCAUUUCUCUGCCAAUGCUAGAAGACUGUUGUGUUGUAAGAGUGACUAAUUUUUAAAGAAUCUGCCCUGAAAAUGACUUAAAAACAAAAUGCAGGAGAGGAACUUGUCAUUUACCCAGUUUUUCCUUUGCAGGAUGGGAAAAUAAAAAGGCAUGGAAAGUUGUAAUGGGAUUUUUCCUUCAGGUUUUUACCAUGCUCAUCCUGAAGUUUUCAGGUUGGUGUGCUUGGGUGAGAGAAGCUGUAGCUUGUCUCAUUAGCAGAGGUCGCUAAUGCCUUUUGGUAACAUCUGUAAUUACAGGAGAAAGUUUACUGAACAUGAAAAAGUUAUGUUGAAGCUAAGUAUUUUUCCAGAAAUUUUGGUUUCAUGUUUCCUAAUGGCUCUGCCUCCUGUGCUUCUGUCAUCGAAAAACUUCAAAAAGGUGAUCCAAAAUUCUAUUUUAACCUGAUGCUGAACACCUUUAAACUUUUGGGUUUAUUUGUGUGUUGCACUAAUUCUAACCUUUAGAGGCAUUUCAGUGUUGUUAACGGCCCGUUGCCAUUGUAAAGGUUCUGGAAUUGCCCAUUUGUCUCUGGAGAUGGAAUUAAACCAAAUACAGUGCUUCCAUUGGAAGGCUUCUAUUGACGUUGUAACUAUAUGUUAAUCCUCUAAAUGUUAAAUAAAAGUAUAACUUCUGGCACGGUAUCCUGGGAUGGUUUUGUUGCACAGAG